AUGGCCCAACACCAGUUCGUCGGGUUUGACGCGUCCGCUGACCUGGGUCUGCUGGACCUGACCAACGUCAUCAUCUUCACAGAUGGCACCGACUUCCCCGGUGUCCUCCUCGCCGCUUCAAAUCUUUGCCAGGACUUCUCGCGAGUCACCGGCGCACCCCCGCGCCCUCUGCAUGUGUUCCAGCACUCACUGUCCCCUUCGCCACCUCCAUCCUCUACCCCAGCAGAAGGAGCCUCUGCAGAACAUGCCGUUAUUGUUGGGAGCCUGCAGAGCCCUUUGAUUCGGUCCCUAAGCGAGAGGCUGGGAUUCGAUCGUCUGCUCGGAAAGUGGGAGGCCUUCCAGACCGCUGUCCUCGCCGAUCCGUUCCCUGGCUGCGCCAAGGCCCUCGUCAUUGCUGGCAGCGACAAAAGGGGUGCCAUAUACGGAUGUUACACCCUCUCCGAGCAAAUCGGGGUCUCGCCAUGGUAUUUCUGGGCAGAUAUUCCUCCUCUCAGGCGCUCCAAGAUAUUUGCGCUGCCAGUAGUCACAUCGCAAGGGGAGCCCUCUGUCGCAUAUCGCGGAGCCUUUCUCAACGACGAGAGUCCCUGUCUCACGGGUUGGGUACUGCAAAAGUAUGGCGGCUACAACUCCAAGUUCUACAGGACGGUUUAUGAGCUGCUCCUGCGACUGAAGGCCAACUUCUUGUGGCCAGCAAUGUGGCCUGGCUAUCCCAACCCAGGGGCUAUCUUUUUCACCGACGACCCCGAAAAUGCGAGGCUCGCUGAUGAGAUGGGUAUUGUUAUCUCUACCUCGCAUCAUGAGCCAAUGCAACGUGCGACGAGCGAGUGGUUCGCCGAGAACCCUGACGGCAGCUGGGACUGGCUUACCAACUCCGAGAAGAUAACUCGGUUCUUUGAAGAGGGCAUCCGACGCGCAAAGUCUCUCGAAAGUUAUGUGACGUUGGGCAUGCGAGGCGAAUACGACAGGGGAAUGAAGGCGCCCGACCCAGCGGCGGUAGUCGCGGACGUUCUCCGCACCCAGAGGCGCAUAUUCAAGGAGGUCCAUGGGCGAGAAGACGCUGUACCGCAGCUCCUCGCUUUGUACAAAGAAGUGCAAACCCAGUUCGAUAGUGGCAGACUUGGCGUUCCUGAAGAUGUGACGCUGCUCUUCUCUGACGACAACUUUGGCUCCAUCCGGCGUCUCCCGACGGGUGAGGAGAUGAAGAGAAAAGGCGGCGCAGGGAUAUAUUACCACUUCGAAUACGUUGGGCAUCCCCGGAGCUACAAGUGGAUCAAUCCCAACGGUCUUGGAAAGAUAUGGCAUCAGCUCAAGGAGGCGCAUGCGAGAUGCGCAUCUCGGAUCUGGGUGUUCAAUAUUGGCGACAUCAAGCCGAUGGAGCUUCCCCUGACGUUCGCCAUGAAGCUUGCAUGGGAUAUCAACUCCAUCGCACCAGACGGCAUCAAGUCAUUCUACAGAGCGACCGCCGAGUCCUGGUUCGGCGGUGGCACAGCCCUAGCGCGAGACAUCGCGGCAGCCUGGCAUGGCUACGACCGGCUCGUGUCCCUGCGCCGACACGAACAUAUCGAGCCCACCACCUUCUCGCUGCUGCACUAUGCUGAGGCAGAAGCCGUUUCUAAGCGGUGGGGUGAGCUGCUUGCGGUGGUGGAGGAGCUUCACGGUAGGGCGCAGGGCGAGGCCGAGAAGGCGGCCGUGUUCCAGCUAGUCCUCCACCCCAUCAAGGCCUCGCAAAUCUUCACCCUCUUGCAGAUAACCCUCGCCCGCAACCAGAGUUUUGCGCGACAGCGACGCAAUACAGCCAACGCAGUGGCCAAGAAAGUUCUCGAGCUGUUUGAUGCCGAUUUCACGCUUUCUGAGGAGUUCCACGAUCUUCUGGGCGGUAAAUGGAAGCACAUCAUGUCACAGCCCCAUAUGGGAUACGGCGACACGUGGCAUGCGCCAUCUCGGGAUAUGAUCUCUGGGAUUUGCUAUGUCCAGACAAGACAGAAUUCAAACCCGAUCGUGGGCCAGAUGGGGGUUGCGGUGGAAGGGCACGAAGGGGUGAGACCCGGGAGGAUCAACGAAGAGUCCGAACGGACGCACCCCUCCCGAAGGGAUCUCGUGCCGGGUGUCACUCUGGGGCCUAUGACGCGCUACGGCCCCAGUAGCCGGUAUUUUGACAUCUUCACGCGAGGAACACUGGCAGUCCAUUGGACGGCCGCGUGUGGGACCCAUCCAUGGGUUCGCCUCUCCCAGGUCGAAGGCUCGCUGGACCCGCGCUCCCAUCUUCCAGAGCACGAUGCCCGCGUCCAAAUCACAAUCGACUGGGACCGGGUCCCUGACGGCUUCGACGAGGAGGUCCUGAUAGACGUGCGCUCGCGCGAGGGAGACUUUGAGCAGAUACACCUCCCCAUCAGCGGCCGGCGACUCCCCGCGUCCUUCAAGGGUGGCUUCGUCGAGGCGGACGGCCACGUUUCCAUGCCCGCGACAGCCGCGCGUCAGCCUCUGCCGGCGGACUAUCAGCUGCUUCCCGACAUGGGUCGGACUGUUGAAGGUGCGGUCGCGCUGUCGACCAGGGGCUGUUCUAUCCCGCCGACUCCUUCCGACACCGCAAGCGCUGCUCUCGAGUACAAGGUCUAUGUGUUCUCGGGGUCUUCCCCCUCUCUUCCCGCCCUGCUCCUUUACUUCAACAUGACGCUGGAGCUCGACCCCGCGCACCCCAUGUCGUACGCCGUGCAGGUUGAUGACGGCCCCGUGGGGGAGGCGCACAGGCUGCUGCCGCAGGGGGCGGACGCGGUGGCGAGGGCGAGCAGCGGCGAUCUGCCCGAGGGGUGGCGGGAGGCUGUGCAGGACUGCAUGUGGCUCCGGCGCCAUCAGCUGGACAAGCUGCAGCCUGGGGAACACACGGUUCGCAUUUGGCUCAGGCACUCGAAUCUGGUGCUGGAAAAGGUUGUCGUUGACCUCGGCGGUGUCAAACCCAGCUAUCUGGGGCCGCCGGCUAGCCAAUACAUUGGAUAG